AUGAGUUUAGCUUCUACAGCGUUGAACUAUGGUGGUAUAGGAGCAAUCGUCGGACAUGAAAUUACGCAUGGCUUUGAUAAUGAAGGACGUCUUUAUGACGCCUUUGGCGAACGCAACGAAUGGUGGAAUGAGGAAGUGAAGAAAGAAUAUGUGCAGCGAGCUCAAUGUUUCAUCGACCAAUACGGGAAGAUUGAGGUUGCGGAGCUUACUGGCGAAUUCGUCAACCAAGUGCUGGCUAAUCAGCCUGAGUUUGCUGCUGCCUUCAAAUGUGAUGUGGACAGUCCCAUGAACCCUAUCGAGCGUUGCCAUCUUUGGUAG